AUGGCGAGGCAAAGCUUUUUUUUCAAGGCUUGCUCCCUAUUCAACGGCAACUCGAAAUUGGCCUUCCACAAUGGAUUUCCUCAAGCUAGUUUCCUAGUGCCUUGUAUGGGGCUAAAAACCAAAGCCCCAAACGAAAGCCUCAAAAUCCCGGAAAAACCCAAAAAACCAUUGACCAGCUAUUUUCGCUUCCUCAUAGAAAAGCGCCCCAUUGUAACCAAAGAAAACCCAUCCCUAGACAACAAGGGCAUAGUGAAAACAAUAGGCGAACAUUGGAAAUCCCUAGCUCCUGAACAAAAGGCCAAAUACGAAAUUGAGUUUUCAAUAGACAAAGAACAAUACGAUAAGGAAUUGUUAAGCUACAACAACAAACUAACACCUGAGCUAGAGGCAAUAAUCAACCAAAUAAAAGCAGACAAAAAAACCCAAAAAAAAGAAACGCAAAAUUAA